AUGACAUCUCCCUCCGACUCCAAAGUCCCCAGCCCGAACCCCCAGGUUGAGCCGGCUUCGAACUCCAGCAACGGCACUAGCCUUUCUAUGGCAAGCCCGAGCGAGCGCCGCAAGCACUGGACCGCCAUGUGUGCUGUCCUUCAUAUUCCCGUCUCUGCCAUGCAAGUUGAGCAGGCAGAGAUGUUGGAGAGGAUGGUUUUGGCGGAUCCAGCUGCGAAUGACGACGAUAAGAGCAUGGUGCAGGAGUUCGUUGCCCGGAACCGGCUGGUUUACCAAGGCAUUGCGGGGAAGGGUGGCGACCCAGGACUGGUGGCACUCUACGCUCAAUUUGCCGCUCACUUCGGCCAUGACCUUCCCCCCCUCAGACGUUGCGACUACAAUGGAGCCACCAAUGUGAUGGAUAUGAUGGCGGUGCAAAAUAUUCGCACCCUCAACGCUGCCAAUUACCAGCUCGGCAUGGAUAUCAAGGCAAUCAUCAACCGGUUGUCGCCUCUGCCUCCGGGUUUUCCCACCCAGUUUAACAUUAAGAAACUGAGCAAACUCCCUCUCAACCUCCUCAGGAUGUACUUUGUAUACCUCCAGUUCUACCUGCGACCCCUGCGGAUUUCCCAUCAUGACCUCGAGCCCAUCUUCCGCGGGUCAAAAGGGCCACUCGUUCGCGCCCUCCGGGCUCUUCUUGGCGUUCCUCCAACAGGAGUUUCUCCGUUCCAUUAG